CAUAAAAAAGUCUUGAAAUUUUACAAUAUUCCUUUUGCAAAACCUCCAGUAGGUGAACUCCGUUUUGUAAAGCCUGUGCCCUACGGAAGUUGGAAUGGAACUCUAAAUGCUACGAACUUUGGAAACCAAUGUAUGCAGGUUGAUCCUAGGUCUCAAAUUCCUGGAAUAGAAACUUCUGAAGACUGUUUGUACCUCAAUGUCUUUGUACCAAAUAACGUUUCUGUGUCAGCAAAAAAACCUGUUAUGGUUUGGAUACACGGUGGUGGAUUUGUCGGAGGAUCAGCUCAUCUCUAUGAUUCAAGCGUUCUUGCCUUACAAGGAGAUGUUAUUGUGGUUACCAUUCAAUAUAGACUUGGCGUUUUUGGAUUUUUCUCACUAGGUGAAAUGGAGGCAUUAGGAAACUAUGGUCUUUGGGAUCAGAUGCUGGCAUUAGAGUGGGUUCACCAGAAUAUAGACUCUUUUGGAGGGGAUUCCUCCUCUGUUACAAUAUUUGGAGAAUCUGCUGGAGCAGCAAGUGUUUCUCUUCUUGCUUUAAUUCCACAAAAUAAAAAUAGAUUUCACCGCGUAAUUGCUCAGAGUGGUACCAUGGCAGCACCAUGGGCCAUAACAAACGCUACGGAAGCUUCAUAUGCAAUUGGAGAACUUAUGGGUUGUUCUAAAGCUCUUCUAACGUCUGAAUUUGUCAAUUGCAUGAGAAACAGUGAUGCAAACACGUUAUUGUAUAGAAGUCUUGGAUAUAUUUAUAGAAAGAAGGAGGUAAUUUCUUUUGUAUCAGAAAUUGGUCCUGUCAUUGAUGAAGAAUUGAUCAAAGCUCCACCCACAUAUCUAAUGAAGAAUUUUUCAACGGAAGAAUAUAAAUUUUUCUCUUCCUUGGAUUUCAUGACUGGAACAGUUAAAUCAGACGGAAAUGUGAUUUUGGUAACAAUGACUGAAUCAUUUCAGAAGCAACAUCAAUUCAAUUUAACCACAGGCAUUACAUCCGAUCAGUUUUGUAACAUAUUCAUUCCUUCUAUUUCGGUAGAUUUCUUCAGAAACAAUUCAUUCGUCUCCAAGGAAAUUUGCAACGAAUAUCAAGUGAAGAAUAAUGUUUCCGAGCAGAGUCGUCAAAUGGUGGAUCUUUUUACAGAUGUGUUCUUUACUUACCCAGCAUUUGAAAGUAUUCAGUCACACAGUCAAAGCAAUGUUCAAUCAAACACUUUUCACUAUGUGUUUGAGUUAGAUGGACCAUCACUUACGUUAGUUUCGCCUCCACCUUGGUACAUUGGUCCUGGCCAUGCAGAUGAACUUAUUUAUCAGUUUCCUUUCUAUGAUCUAUCUGGAAAACAAGAAUCUUUUGCCUCGACUUUGUUAAAAUAUUGGACAAAUUUUGCAAAAUCAGGGGACCCUAAUGAUCCUGAAUUGCCACACUGGCCAUCGUAUAAUACUGCUGAUCGUAGCUACUUACGCAUGGGGGAAGAAUUUAAGCCCAACGUGGAAUACAAAAGGGAACGUUUGAAGGUUUUCGAUGAGGAAAUACCACGAAUUUUAAAUGAAGCUUACCCUAUCGUAAAAAUAAAAGGAGGUCAAGUAAAAGGAAUAACGAAAUACGUUAAUGGAAAGAUGGAAACACCCGUGACUGUAUUCUAUAAUAUCCCGUAUGCUGCUCCUCCAGUAGGUGAACUCAGAUUUUCAAAACCAAAACCUUUUGGUAAUUGGUCUGGUAUACGAGAUGCCACCAAACCAGGAGAUGAGUGCUUGCAAACAGAUGUAUCUGGAUUCUCAAAGAGUGAAGACUGUUUGCAAUUAAAUGUUUUUACUCCGUAUAAUAGCCUGUCCUCUUCGAAAAAAAGGUCUGUAAUGGUUUGGAUUCAUGGAGGCGGGUACGAAGUGGGUACUUCAUUGAUUUAUGAUGGAAGUAAUCUUGUAGUUAAUGGCGAUGUCAUUGUUGUGACAGUCAAUUAUCGCUUGGGAAUUUUUGGAUUUUUUACACUGAAUGAUCCUUUGGCAAGAGGUAAUUAUGGACUGUGGGACCAGAUUUUUGCUCUUCAGUGGAUUCAACAAAAUAUUGCCUCUUUUGGUGGGGAUCCAUCAUCAGUUACUAUUUUUGGGCAGUCUGCUGGAGGAUUUAGUGUGUCUCUUCUCUCUAUGAUCCCUGAAAAUAAAGGUCUCUUUCAUCGAGUGAUAUCUCAGAGUGGGGUGGCCUCUUCUCCCUGGGCAUUUGGAGACUCUGAACCUGCAACAAGAUCAAUUGGAGACAUGUCGGGCUGUCCCCGAACUUUGAGCAGUUCCAAGUAUGUCGAGUGUAUGCGUAAUGUGGAUGCAAAUACCUUGCAAAGUUAUUCAACUGCAUACAUCUACAGAGAUCCUUCUUCGAUACACCAGGUACUAGAAUUAACCCCAGGACUAGAUGGAGACCUGUUUAAGAUCGCUCCCGAGGAAAUUAUUUCAAAUUCAUCCUCUGAAGAGCAUAAAUUUUUCACAUCUCUUAGCCUGAUUAGUGGAACUGUGAAGACUGAAGGAUCUACAUUAGCAGGAAUGAUUCUUCAAGAAGCAGUCCAAAAGAAAUUCCAUUUCAACGCAUCCCUAGGUAUUUCAACCGAAUUCAUGUGUGACAAUUUUACUCAAACACUCGUGUCGGACUAUUUUAAUGGAAACAACCAAGUAUCAAAGUUUAUUUGCGAUAAGUAUACCGUCCAUAACAACCAGACAGAGCAAGGAAAGAAAAUGCUGGACAUAUUCACAGAUUUUGCAUUUUUAGCGCCUUCCUAUGUACAACUUAACUCCCAUAGUACCUUCAACAUUCAGUCUAAAUCUUACCAGUAUGUCUUUGAGAGGCAAGGUAUGGCAAACGAAUAUUCUCACUAUUACCCUUCUUGGUAUGAUCCUCCUGGUCAUGCAGAUGAUUUAGCCUACAUAUUUCCUGAAUACUUUCAACUCACGGCACCGGAAGAAAUUCAAUACUCCAAAACCAUAAUGUCUUUCUGGACAAAUUUUGCCAAACAUGGGGACCCAAAUGACCCGUCGCUUCCUCUGUGGCCAACCUACGAUUCAUCAAAGGAGGCAUAUUUUGCUUUUGACGACAAUCCAAAAGCACAUGUGAAAUAUGAAAAAAGCCGCAUAAAUAUCUGGGUGGAAAGCAUUCCAAAAAUAACCGAAAGUUCAUCUACAUCUGACACCAUAGUUCAAACUCCAAUUGGUAAAAUACAAGGAGAAAUAAAAAUUAUUCCAGAAAAUCCAAACAGCAAAGUAUAUGUCUUUUACAACAUUCCAUAUGCCAAACCUCCUAUUGGCAACCUUCGAUUUGCUAAACCCAUACCUUUUGGUAGAUUUGACAACAUAUAUAAUGCGACAAAUAUUGGAAGCGCUUGCUUACAACCUGCAGUUUAUCCAGACAUAAAAAGUUAUAGUGAAGAUUGUUUACAACUUAAUAUCUAUGUUCCAAACAAUAUUUCUACCUCAAAUAAAAAAUCUGUGAUGGUUUGGAUUCAUGGAGGUGGAUACGCAAUUGGAUCCGCCGUUCAAAAUGAUGGAUCCAUUUUAGCAACCAAAGGAGACGUUAUUGUGGUAACAGUGAAUUAUCGUUUGGGGAUUUUCGGUUUCUUUAGUUUAAAUGAUGCUGCAUCUAGAGGAAACUAUGGAAUAUGGGACCAAAUCUUAGCUUUACGAUGGAUUAAAGAUAAUAUUGCAUCUUUUGGAGGAAAUCCAGACUCAGUUACUAUAUUUGGUGAGUCAGCUGGUGGAUUCAGUGUGUCACUUCUUUCUCUAAUUCCACAAAACCAUGGGCUUUUCCAUAGAGUGAUAGCUCAAAGCGGAGCAUCUCUUAGUCCGAUAGCUACAGGAGACUCGCUUCCUGGAACAGUAGGGGUUGGCAAAUUAUCUCAAUGCAAACUCAAUGGCAGCAGUGAGGAAUUCAUCAGGUGUAUGCGUAGCAAAUCUGCAGAAGAAAUAUCAAAGCAUUAUUUGACAUUUAUAAGUAGAAACCCUUUACAAUUAGCCCCAAUACUUGACUUUGUGCCAAAUAUUGAUAAUGAGCUGUUCCGUCAACUUCCCUCUGAUAUAUUGAAGAACACCUCAUCUGAAGAAUUCAAGUUCUUUUCUUCUCUAGAUUUGAUUUCUGGAGUAAUGAAUCAGGAAGGUUCCGUGGUAUUUGAUACCAUCACUGACGCUAUUGAAACUCAUUUUAACUUUGACCUUUCAGUUGGCAUGCCAACUGAGUUCGUUUGCAACUUUUAUAUCCCUGCUUAUCUUGAUUUCAUCCAAAUUCCAGGAAACCAACAACUCAUAAGGUCGACUGUAUGCGAAAAAUAUCGUGACGUAAAAUCUCAGGAAAAGCAAGCAAAGGCAAUGUUGAAUUUUGUCGCUGAUGUCCUUUUCACUGUACCGUUAGUAAAGGUCCUUGAUGCUCACAGCGCAAAGAAUGUUCAGACCAGGACCUUCCAGUACCUUGUGACCGAGGAUUAUCCGUAUCCUUAUUAUUCAUUACCCAGUUGGUAUGAGGGCCCUGGCCACGCAGACGAUGUUGGAUUUAUAUUCCAGUACUACACUCCGCCAACUGAUGGAAUACAGGACUAUUUGGCAGUUUCUGACAAAAUGAUUGCAUAUUGGAGUAAUUUUGCCAAAAAUGGUGACCCUAAUGACAAUUCUCUAGAGAGAUGGCCAGUCUACAACCCAGGUACAAGAGGGUAUAUAAUCCUGAACAGAGACACCAAACCUGCCUCAGGGCACGCCGAUAGUAGGAUUAAGUUUUGGUUAGAAGAUCUACCCGAUAAGCUAACUAACAAAGUGACAACGACGGCUAAGCCAUUUGUUAGAGAUGGGGCUUCAAAUGAUAGAAAUGGGGUUGGAAGUAUUAUACUGGUUGUAGCCUUUAUACAUUGUUCCUUUAAGUGUUGCUGAUUUGAAAAAGGGGAUAAAGCUUUUGAAUAUACAUGUACAUGUACCUAAUGACUUUCCUGUGAUGACGGACUUGUUUUUUUAAUAACGGACUUUAUUGAGAAAAGAAUUAAUUUUUUGUAUAAAGAAAUUGUCCUUUACAUUUGUCGGGAAAAUUAGCUUUUGCAAACAUAAAAGUAUUUUCUAUUUUUCGUAUCUUUGUAAAGUACUUAUGAUACUGUAGUUGGUAAUAGUAUGUAAUCCACACAUAAUU